AUGGAUGAAAUUCCAGUGCCUGUUGACCCAGUUUUGAAGGAUGAUAGUACCACAUUAGUAACAACAAAUAAUGUUAAAAAACGUAAACAUCGUAGUCGAUCAGAUAAAAAUAAUGGUAUACACAAGAAAAAGUCAACCGCGGCACAUUUACGUCGUAAUAUUCGAACAUUAUAUACUGAAGAAAAACUACAAAAUGAUACAUUAACAGCACAAAAGGCCGAACAAGAACGGAUACAACGUUUACAAGAGACAAAUUUUCAUAGAAUAUUUCCACAACCACAAACGCAACCUUUAUUGAAUGAAAAAAAGUUUGGUGAUGUUUACGUUUAUUCAUCAAAUAAUCAACAAAACAACAAUAAGCGUUUAUUUCAUGUACAAUUAAAUCGUGGAAAUGCUGCAGCUCAAACAGAUAUUCUUUCACAAAAUACAACACUUGAAAGAAAAAUAUCGAAUGACGAUGAUUGUAUAUUGAUUGAUGAUGAUGAUGAUGAUAUUAAUGAAAAAGCGGCAACCAUAAAAAAACUUGACGAUACAACUAACGUGAGAGGGUUUUCUUCUGAUGGUAGUGAUUCCGAUGUUCAAUGUGUUACUAGUGAUACAGAAGAUAUUAAUGAUACGUUAAGUAAAAAAUUACAGCGUCUACAUGUCGAUGAUCGUGUGAAUGUUCCAGAUGAGAAUGGUCUUAUUUUGAUAAACGUCAAUCAUCCCAGUGAAGAUGAUGAUCUGUAUAUUCCAAAACAUUUAACAUCAACACUGAAACCACAUCAAAUUGGUGGAAUUCGUUUUAUGUAUGAUAAUAUUGUUGAAUCAAUCGAACAAUAUAAAAAAACGCCUGGUCUAGGUUGUAUUCUCGCUCAUUCAAUGGGCUGCGGAAAAACAAUUCAAGUUAUUGCAUUUAUUGAUACACUGUUGAGAGAUACAACAGCCAGAUGUGUACUAAUUGUUGUACCUAUAAAUACCAUUCAAAAUUGGGUUAAUGAAAUUAAGCGAUGGACUCCCGAACAAAUAACAAACAAUGAUUAUGUAUAUAAACGUCCAUUUAGUUUGUACAUAUUGAACGAAAUGGCUAAAAAAUUUGAACAACGAGCUAAAAUAAUUCAAAAUUGGUCAACAAAUGGUGGUGUGUUAAUUUUGGGAUAUGAAAUGUUUCGAUUAAUUGUAACAAAAAAAGGUGUAAACCCAAAAAGUGUUAAUAAAAAAAAUAUAAAUAAUAAUUUACGACUACGACAACCAAUUCUUGUUGACCUUGAAGAGGAAGAAAAAACUGUUGAUACAAUGGAUGGUGAUGAAGGUCAUCGGAUUAAAAAUCAUUUAGCCGGUGUUGCACAAGCAUUAAAAACAAUUAAAACUAAACGACGCAUUGUGUUAACGCCGAAUUAUCUGGGCAGUCGUCAAGAAUUUUCAAAUAUGUUUGAACGGCCUAUUAUGAAUGGACAAUGCGUUGAUUCAACCGAAACAGAUGUAAAAUUAAUGAAAUAUCGAGCUCAUGUAUUACACAGUAUAUUAGAAGGAUUUGUUCAAAGACGUGGACACGAUGUAUUACAAAAUGCACUACCACCAAAAGAUGAAUAUGUUAUUCUAUUAAAAUUAUCCAAUGUACAAAGACAAUUAUACGUAAAAUUCUUGGAUGCUAUUGGCGCAUUAUCUUAUUCAGAAAAAUUAAAUCCACUGAGAGCAUUUGCCAUUUGUUGUAAAAUAUGGAAUCAUGCUGAUGUUUUGUAUAAAUUUAUCAAAACUCGUCAAGAAGGAUCUGACAUUGAUCUUGAUAUUGAUUUGGAAUUGAACAAUAAUAAUGUGAAUAGUAGUAAUUCAAGAACAACAUCCACAAGACAAACAAGUGUUCAACGUAAUUAUGCAAGUAGUCAAUUACCGUUAUCACUACAUUACGAUCAACAAAUAACAACAUCAUUAAUGGAAAAGAAAGAAUUUGAUUACGAUUUUGCUAAUUCAAUUUUGAAUUCUUAUGUAUGUGGUUUGUUUUCCAAUGGUAUCAAAUUUGAAGUUGCCUUCACACUGUUGGAUUUAUCAAUAGAACUUGGAGACAAAGUUCUUGUCUUUAGUCAAAGUUUAUUAUCGUUGAAUAUAUUUGAAGAAUUCUUAUAUCAACGGCGAAUACCGAAAACCAAUGAUCAAAUAUGGGAAAAAAAUAAAACCUAUUUAAGACUCGAUGGUAGUACAAGUAGUCUUGAACGAGAAAGAUUAAUUAAUAUUUUCAAUGCACCAAAUUCAAAUACAAAAUUAUUUUUAUUAUCAACACGAGCUGGUUGUCUUGGUAUCAAUUUGAUUGCGGCAAGUCGAGUAAUAGUCCUCGAUGUCAGUUGGAAUCCUUGUCAUGAUGCACAGGCUGUCUGUCGAGUUUAUCGAUAUGGACAAAAGAAGCAUUGUUACAUUUAUCGUCUGAUAGCUGAUUAUACAAUGGAAAAACGAAUUUAUGAUCGACAAGUGGCAAAACAAGGAAUGUCUGAUCGUGUCGUCGAUGAAUUACAACCUCAAAAUCAGUUUACAAGAAAUGAAGUUGAAAAUUUAUUAAUGUUUGCUGCCGAAGAAGAACCAACUGUUGCCGAUAUGUCGGAUAUUGAGAGAAUAUCAAAUGAUACUGUUUUAUUAGAUAUGUGUCGAAAGCACUCUCAGUCGAUAACUAAGGUACCAUUUACUCAUGAAUCAUUGCUGUCAGACAGAAAAGACCACCAAUUAACAUCAGCUGAAAAACGUCGUGCUCAAAAAGAUUAUCAAAAUGAAAAACGAAUGAAUACUACUUGUUUUAAACAACGGAUAACUGGAGGACAAAGUUCAUCAUACUACGCUAGAAAUACUCCAUUUCCCUCUUACUCAAACUACUUAAGCAAUGAUAGUCGUUUUUUGAGUCAUCCAUCAUUAGCAUAUGAAUCUCGUUUUCCAUUUAUCAAUGGUAGUCAACAGCGUUCAUCUUUAUCUUCCACAACAGCUGCUAUGACACCACUACCAAUGCAUUUACAACAAGCAUCCACAAAUCGAAAAUUAAAUGAAUUAAAACAAAAUGGAAUUAAUGUACAACAAAGUGUUCUUCAAUCGCCACUUGAAGUUCAAGUGGAUGCAACAAAACGAGAAAUCAUUCCAGCGAAUACUCAGAUUCAUUUUAUUCAAACACCACGUGGUUCGUACAUACGAACUCCCGAAGGCAAAUUUUUUGCUAUUCGUCUAACCCCAAACACUGACGAACAAGAACAACGACGACCAUCUUCAAAUACUCUUUUUGGAGAUGCAUUUGAUUCUGUUUCAACAAUAUCAUCCUCCCCCUCAUCAUCGUCGUCUGGACUACCGCAAUCUUCAGCAACAAAUACUUUGCUAACAAAACCACCACUACCACCCUCUUUUUCUGAUAGGACUGUCGAUCCACUAUUUUUUCCAUACAACACUCCGUUGAUAGAUCUCAAUGAAGAUGAUGAUUUAAAUUUUAUUGAUAAUAGUCAAACAGGAAGCACGAAUGUUGAUUCAGCGUUUGAUUCACUAUCGUCCUGGCAAAAUAACUUUUUUCAAAAUACAACCAAUGAUAAUAAUCUUACAUCUUCUUCGCCAUUAGACUGUCCAGACUUUUUUGCCGAUCGAUUCGGUACUACAGAUCGUGAAUCACCCAAUGUUUAUCAAAAAACAUUAACAAAUAACAAUAUCUACAAUUCAACAGCAUUAUCUGCUUCAACUUCUCUCUAA